UCAGAGCCGUUUUUGUUUUGUUUUCAGAUGGACCCUAACCAUCCUUCUAACACUUCCAUUGUCCGCGGUCGUGGCUCUCCUCCCAACCAACCCGUUUUCCAUGUACCACCUAUUAACCAGUCUAUCAAUGUCUAUUUCCAUCCCCAGCCUCAGUUCCAGCCCAGGCCCCAGUUCCAGUUCCAGCCUCGUCCUCCUUUCCAGACUCGUCCCCAGUUCCAGCCCCAGCCCCAGCAGCAAAUCCCUCCUUCUUCUCAGUUAGCUCUUGUUCCUGCGCAGGUGCAGCCUUCCAUAACCUACCCUCCUUACGACGAUAUGAUCUGUGACGCAAUUAGGGACUUGAACCAACCGGAUGGUUCGACCAAGCGGAGGAUCUCGAGGCAUAUCAAGAGAUCGAACGCUGUUUUGCCUCCUUCUCACGAGGUUUUGAUGACUUUCCAUCUCAAGACGUUGAAGAAUAAUGGCGUUCUCACCAUGGUUAACAAAUCAUACAAGAUCGCUGCUGCUGCUGCUCCUCCUCCUCCUCCUCCUACUCCUCCACCCCCUACUCCUCCUCCUCCUCAAAACGUGGCUGUUGCGGCAGAUCCGGUGGCCCCCAGAUCUGAGGUUCCUCUGAUGAAUACCUCUCCGCUUGCUCUUCUGGUUGCCUCUGCUUCUGGCUCGGCUUCUGCUUCGGGUUCUCAGCGUCAGAUGCGAGGCCGUGGACGCCCUCCAAUGGCUAAUCCUGAAGCUCCACAAGAGCAACAACCCAUCACUGCUGGACCCAUCGCUGUCCUGUCCCGCGGACAGUCAAGCCGUGAGCAACCCGAGUUGCAUGUACCCAAUCCGACCCAGGUGGUUAUGGAGUCAGCAAACGGACGUCCUGGUGGUCAUCCAAGGGCGGACGGAGCUGUUCCCAUCGCUCCAACUCCAAGUAGGAAUGCAAGCAUGCAAGGCAGGGGUAGGCCACCGAGUCUUAGAGCUGCUGGGAGACAGAGGAAGAGGCUAUGCAUAGGUGAAUCUAGCGGUGGAGUCGCCAUCGCUGCUCCAGCUGGUGGAGAAACUGUAGCGGUUGCGUCAAGGAUGAGGCGUGGACCUGGACGUCCACCUAGGAGUGCCACACCAAUGUCCAUCAGGGAAGCUACCGAGACAUUUGAAUCUGCCUAUGGAGAACUCAAGAGAAAGCUGGACUUUGCUUGCGAGAAGGCAAAAGAAAUCUUGGAUAUGUUGAAUGCUGGUAAUGUGAGCAACGACGUUAUAGCAAUGUCGCAAGCUAGACAGGAGGUGGAAGGACUAAUACCAAUAUUGACUGUGGAGCCACAUGGCGUGGGACAAGUGCAGCCACACGCCGUGGAAGAAGUGGAGCCAGAAGCCAUGGAAGACGUGCCGCCAGAGGAGGCAGCAGCGCAGACUGAAGCUGAAAUCCAAGGAGAGGAACAUGGACAAGAAGUUGAGGAAGGAGAACAAGCACAGCCCCAGCCUCAGCCUCAGACCGAAGCCCAGGCAAUGCAAGGGGCCCAGAUCUGAUUUCUGAAAAACAAUGGUCCGACAAAGACAUCCUAGACAUAGCCUUGGUGUUUAUGGUUAGGAGAGUUCUUUUUUUAAUAGUUGUUGCAUCUAUCUUUAUUUAAAACUCAUUUGCAUUUUGAAUUUAAUAGUUUGGUAUAGAAGAAACAAAAGGCAUUGUAUUGUCGUUGUGUGUCUAACUAACCAAACAGUAAGAGGUUGUUGUAAUUUAGAGGGGAUAUUUCCAGUGUUGGAUGUUUUCUCUUUUAUAUCAAUCUA